AUGUCCAAUCCAAGUCCAUACCAUCAGCAACAAGCCAUGGCCUCGGGAAGCAACUCACCUCUUGCCACCCCUUUGCCUAUCAAGCGAGGCCGUGGACGACCACCAAAGAAUCGCGAUCCUAACGCUCCUACUCCGGUCAAAACCACAGCACCACCUCCGCCUAAACCCACACCGCAGCCUCGCACUUCGCACGUCACCUCACCACGUCUUCGCGCAACUCAACCUACCACAUAUUCUGCUACCGGCUCUCCCUUUCAGCCGCCUCCCCCCACAGGCUACCCAUCGCAUACUUUGGGUCCAGGUAUCCCAGAGCAGCAAAACAUCUUUUACCAGCCUGUCACCAGCAGCGCCGGCCCGCAUUCAUCGCCUCCUGUUCCUUCUUUCCCACCAAUGCCCACCUUUCAACGUCAGCAGGAGCUGCAGCAACAACAGAGUCAGCAGAACAUCCGCGAAGCUCAACAAGCAAGGGCUUCAGUCGCAUCGAGAGCAAGCGUCGAUGUCUCGGCCGCUGCGGUGCCGUCAUCGCCAGCGCCUUCUUCAGCCGUGCAAAACAACUUCAAUGCUGUUUCCACCACCACCACCACCACCACCGUCUCCUCUUCAUCAUCAUCAACAGCAGCAGCAGCAGCUCCUGCCGAAGGUGCCAUCAUGACCGCUGCUGGUGGAUCUAUAGGCGCUGGUCUUGGUCAGGCUGUGGGUAACGCCGGUGCAUCGCCUGCCAGUCGUACACGGCGCAAAGCCGAUGCAAAUGAGCCCGAGCUCAAGCUGCCCGAGCCACACGACGCCGGUUGGAUGACUGAGCCUGCCGAUGCUGUGCAAGCACAACGCGCCUACUCCGCCGUGCUCGACUGCAUCCGCAACCAUAUCGAUGCCACCGGGCGCAGACCGGCCGAACAUCUGGAACAGUGUCCCGAUCCCGAGGUAGAUCCCGACUUUUAUGAAAAGGUCGAGAAGCCUACCUCGCUCUCCGCCAUCUCACAACGCAUUCAGGAGGGCGAGUAUCCCAAGGCAACCGACUUCGAGAUGGACAUGCUCCAGCUCUUUGAAAACGCACGAAGAUUACAUCCCAUUGGCACGCAGAUGUACGGCGACGCUGUCGUCUUGCAACGAUUCUACCACGAGAUUACCAAGGCCACUCCAUCUCGACAGGAGCCCAUCACCGCUGAGAGAGUGUUGGCAACUGCAGCAACAGCCGAUGCAACCCACCACUUUUCCUCGAUCCCACACGGUCCACUCUACGCCAGCGCCGGCUCAAACGGCGACCUGACUACCCGCAUCAGCAGCAAAUCCAAGACCUACUACGAGCAUCUCAACCUCAAAGGAAAAGCUUUCCGCGUCGGCGACUGGAUUCAUCUCAUCAAUCCUUCCGAUCCCACCAAGCCCAUCGUCGCUCAGAUCUUCAAAGUGCUACGACGCGAAGAAGAUGAUCCAGAUCAGGGUUGGGUGACUGUCUGCUGGUAUUACCGACCCGAACAGACCUUCCACCCAGCUUCCAAGAAAUUCUUCAAGGACGAAGUGGUCAAGACUGGCUACUUUGCCGAUCAUCACAUUGAAGAUAUCUUGGAAAAGAUCAUGGUCAUGUUUUACACAAAGUACAUCCGCGGUCGACCAAAGCCCGAGUAUUGGGAUCCACGCAGCCCGCUUUACGUCACCGAAUCGAGGUACAACGAACAGCACCGCGUAUUCCACAAGAUCAAGAGCUGGGCCAGCUGUGUGCCUGAAGAGAUUCGCAAGGUCGAGACACCUAUGAACUUUUUUGAAAAAGUCGUUUCUCCGCCGCCCAAGGAGGAGUCGCCCUUCUUACGUGGUGUCCACGGACCAGGUGCACUGCGUGACGAAGACGUUGCUAGUGGCGAAGUCGCCGAGUUUCCCGAUCUGUUUAAGGAUGCCUUGGAUGAUUUCCGCCCGAAGAAAAAGGGACGCGGAUCCGACGCUGCUGCAAGUGCGCCAUCAGCAAAUGAAACAUUUACGCGUCUGGCUUCACUUGUAACCACACGUGUCACUCCUGAUCAAUAUGUGCGGCUGCAACAGUUGCUGUCUACACCACAAGCCGCUACACUCGACAUGUCACAGGUCAGCAGCGAACUGGGAGGUAUCGACACCAGUCUGCUCGUCGAGCUUCGCAAUGCCGCUGUCGCUGCCGGUGUAGCGUCGGCUGACUUCCAGAAGGUUGCUUCUUCCGACCUCGCUCAUCGGGCUCAGCAAGGACACGCGGCGGAGCAGCAGCUGCAGCAGCAGCAGCAGCAAUCACAGACGACAAUGGGUAUCCUCAACCUGGUGCGCUCGCAAGGCGGCGAAGGCUUUUACGCCGCUCUGCCGCAAGAAACACGGGACCUGUUCGCGGAUCAGCCGGGCGGACGGGUUGAAUGGUACGCUGCUGCUCCCCUCGAUCUUCCGCUGCAGCACGACUUGUACAAGAACGGCUUCUACGCUCCUCAGCAAGCACAUUUGCGCAAUCAUACGCUCGACUAUCUCUAUCACCAGGCCAAUGUGCGCAACGCAGGCGACGCCACGUCGGACUCGCAGGUGCGCAACAGUGACCGUGCCGAGCCAUCUCAUCCUCUGCAGCCUAGUACAUCAGCAAACGGCAGCUCGACUCCUCGUGCUUUGAUGGCAGGAUCGUCGCCUCACAUGCCACACGCCCCGGGCAUGUACGACUUCCUGGCUCCCAGUGCACGCAACUCGCCUCUGAUGCGUGCUGGUUUUGGAGGCGUCGGUGCUGGUGUUGCGCCGUUUGGCGCAGGCAUCGCAGUCGCCAGCAGUAAUGGCAGCACAGACGAGGCGCUGACGCCAGUCAUGAAUCAGAACCAGGGCUGGUCCGCCGGCAGCGAGUGGGGCGAAGAUCCGCUCAAGACAGCCGAGGCACUGGCCGAGUUCUCGAACCACUAUAGCGAAGGCGGAGCGUUGAAUCUGUCCAAUUACCUUUCCUAG